AUGGACAUGUGUUGCUUGGAAGAGAUUGCUUCGUUAGUAGAGCGGUGGAAAAGUCUACGAAAUCUUUUUUUUUUCUUGUGUAAAGUAGCAGGUCAGGCCAUCAGCAGCUGGACAAGCAAGAGAGGGCCUGGAUGCCACGAACAGGAACUGGUUGAACCCUUGGUUUUACGCACUGUUAUCGAACAUAUUCAGAUCCAGAACGACCGUCAUGAACAGAUUCUUAGAUUUUCGAUCUACGAUAAUCAUGACGAUCACUCAAUGUUUGGUAAGGCGGCCGAUUAUUACAUGGGAUGGUCUUUCGGUGGUCUCUUAUUAAAGCAAAAUGGUGUGGCACGAGUUGUACCGCAAGAAAGGCAGCGUUUUUUAGAAAUGCUCAACACACCGUAUCCCAUUCUUCGAAAUUCCGAAGCUCCACAGGAAUUGUCUAUGUCAAACUUAGCAGAUUACACUGUUGAAGAACCCGAUUGGGCCAUUCAAGACGAUAUCUCGUUAGGUUCAGAUAUAAAAUUUCAGGACUGGCUACUCUCGCAUGAGCUGAGAAGGGGUCAUAGGCUACGACGAGUCAGGAAACAACAAUUCUUUGCGCCUUGGUAUUUUCCAUGCAAUAUGGCCGGCCCCGAUCUCGUUUUUAUGCUCAAUCAUGAGCAGCAGCCGGAAAAUCGGAUCCUUUGGGCGAUUCAGGUGAAGACAGGGGUUUCAAAGGUCAGCAAAGAGGACUCCUUCAACGUUAUACGGACACUGGAUCCCAACUUGUGGUUCCAAGGACUGGUAACAAAGACGCGUGUGAAAAUCCUCAGGCAGCCUCAAAGACUCGGCCCUCAGCUUCAAAUUCUCACCAUCCUCGUUGUGACCAGUUUAAGCGUGUCCGACUUCACGGACUCGACCAGCUUGGCUAAUGGACUUUCCUAGCUUCGCGACGGCUAUUUGGAAGCUACGUGGUCCCGUCAAUACUCUCAAUAAUUCCAAAGCCGCUAUAAAGCGCACUCUGGCUGUUACUGAAUGAAUACCAAAGCGGUGGAAGAAGCAAUUCAAUCAAGUCAACCAGUUUUAGGACUCGGCCAGACUCAAGAACUUUCAGUAUAGAACAACGGUACGGAAAUCCGAUGUUUUGAUUUCUUGUUCGCCACCCUCAACCACGAUCAAGUAGCAGAGAUCUUCGAAGAACCAAUUAUCAGACUGCCG